GUCGGGUGGCUUUGAUUCGAGGAUCAAGUCAUGGAGGAUGGGAAGGUGCACAAGAAGCAGCAGAUACCCCAGGCCGGAACACUGGACGACCUGUGGAAGGAGUUUGUGGAGCACUCGAAGAAGUACAUUCAUCACCACGAGCUAGCAAAGUGGCAGCGCCAAGCCCACAACAUGUGCCUGGCGACGUUCGGCAAAGGCGAGCUGUUGGUGGAGACCGACUUUAUCGAGAAGUACAAGCACGAGGCUGGCGCUGUCUUGACGUGCGCUACUGCGCCCUCCACGACCAUGAUGGUGGCUCUAGUUCACCACAGUCCUGACGACGACGGUCGGCAUGAGACAGACGCAUGGGUAUUCGUAUCGAGUGACCCCAACCAUGACUUCGAUUUCCACAUCUACGCCAUGGACAUCAUCCUUCGGUACUACAUCACGGGGGAUGGGCGGGCCGAUACUGCUGGAACACCGGUCCCCACGGUGCACAUCUUCACCGACGGGUGCGCCAAACAGUACAAGGGGAAGCGCAACUUUUACGCUGUGGCGAAGAGCUUGCACAGGCUUGGUGUCGUCCUCAUCCACAACUUCGCGGUCACGUCGCACUUCAAAAGCGCCGACGAUGGCAUCGGGGGGUUGCUGAAGGCUCUGUCGCGAGAAACGGAGGAAAGGGGCCAGCGCAUUCGCAACACCCAAGCCGCAGCCGACUUCCUCCAAGUCUACGCCGAGGCAAAGGAGGAUGGAGGAGGUCACUUUUCAAGCUGGUCCCCCUACCGGAUCAAGAGGUUCCACAUCAAGCUUCUUGGACACCGAGAGAUCCCUCGCCCGUUCGUAGAUUUGACGGGCAUCUCUGGGAGUUCCAAGCUGUACCAGUUCAUGGGAGCGGAGGUCCAGGAGGUGGAGAGCUCGGGCGUAGGCGUAGAGGUGCAGACAGAGAACGGGAUUCCCCUCGUAGGUGGCGAGAGAGGUUGUAGCGAACCCGCAGAGAUGGCAGGCGGACGAAUCAACCGUUCUGACGCUUCCGGCUGUCACGAAGCGAUACAAGCUACGCGUUCGCCAGGCGUCGUGCUACUGCUCGAAGUGUAGUGUUGGAGCUUACGACGACUGCGUCCCGGCCAAGAAGUACGCGGGGAUGGUGGGUAUGGUGAAGGCUGUGUCGGGCAAGCACAAGGUUACUCGGGCGUCUUGUGGUGUAGGGAAUUGAGGGGUGUCCGUGGUGCACGUCAUGUUCUCGUGUUUGGCGCCUUGUUCUCUUCCAUAUUCUUUGUUUCUUUGGGUAAUUUUGUUGCAGUUUUUGUACUUUUUUUGUUGCUGUGUGCUGUUUGUUGCAUGUUGCUGUUCAUAUGCAGCGGCAGGUCGUCUCCCUUUGGCGGUUUGGGAUAUCAACGAAGGGUCUCCAGCAGGAGAAAACAAAUCUUUGCCGGCGUCUGUGGCUAAUAUUUUCACGGUUUGUCGCCGAAAUGGGCUGUCUUUUUCUAUAUAUAUAAUGCACAACAUACAUUAUUUUCAAGCACGUCGGUGAAAUAAAUGUCCACAUAUGUCACAGAGGGUAUUUGUGGUAAAUCUCCGCGGUUGUACGCAUCAAAUAGCCUAAAAAAACGAGCUUGAAAAUGGCCAUAAAAACACGUUUUAUCGCCGUUUUUCCAAAGGGGGGGGACAUUUUAGCCCCAUCCCCGUUUUUUUCAUACAUUCUGCAGNAGAGGGUAUUUGUGGUAAAUCUCCGCGGUUGUACGCAUCAAAUAGCCUAAAAAAACGAGCUUGAAAAUGGCCAUAAAAACACGUUUUAUCGCCGUUUUUCCAAAGGGGGGGGACAUUUUAGCCCCAUCCCCGUUUUUUUCAUACAUUCUGCAGUAUAAAACACUACAUAUCGCUGAAACCUCAACAUCCCGACGUCGGGUACUCAAUUUAACCCGCGGAACUGGGCCUACACCCCAUCAAAGCACCCUGACACACUUUUUGGAGCUUUAGUCUUCGGGGAACAUCAUCAACGGGACCGCUCGACACUAUAGCGCGGAAGGCGUGCUAUGUGACCCCGGUUGGGACGUCUAGCUGGUAGAAGUGGAGGAUAGGGGCCAGAGGGGCAGACGACAGAGUCCAAUGAUGGGAGAAAAAAAAAAAAGCACGGUCAAAUUGUCGAAUAAUUCAAAUUUUGAAGCAAAUCCGUCUGCCCGUGGUCGGUCAAGUUAAAGUGUAGGUUGCGGGUUUAUUGUAUUAGAGUGUCUCUCGCACCUUUUCUCUCUCUUCUCUUCCCCUAGGCCACUGCUGCAUGACACAUUUAUUCAUGUAUGUCGUCUGCUGAGUGCCUCUCUCUACCUCAGCCCCACAAAAAAAAUUACUUGCAUACCCGGCAGGGUGAGUGACUGAAAAACCUACAGAUAUGCAUACCAGUACGGACUCAUUUCAUUCUUAGAAAUCAACAUACAAGCAUUUGCAAUGACCGACCACAAGCAACCCUCCGCACGCAUCGCUCCCUCAACGCACAGCAACAAGAAGCGACAAUCGCCAUCUAGAGGGGUAAACGGAGAGGAAAGGAAGUCAUCCGCCAUCAGGGACGAAAAGGAGAAAAAAAAACGGCCACUGCCAACAAAACCGCGCCCCACCCCUGACGUAAAGGAAGGAGACCAUUCGCACGUGAAAAAAAGAAAGGAGCAGACCUCACUUAUGACAACCAAUCUUCUCCAUACAACGCUUCCAACAAUCACCACACGCGUAAUACAUACUCCGGAGUAGCUCAUGUACGACACACAGACGAGUGUUUUUUCCUGAGAUAAGACACAGCCUAGACUUGGCAAGCCGGGUCCACUCUCCUCCCAAUUCAGCUGGCGUUCGCUUCACCGCAAACGAACAGAGAAAAAGACAAACUCCAACGCUCUCUCUCUCUCUCU